CGCAUAUCUUGAACAAAGGGCAGGCCAACUAUCAUUAUUGUUAUCUCAGGUCUCAACUUGGAUCCAGUCUCUGACUGCUCAAGACGACACAACUUAGUCAUGUCACUCCUACACUGGAUAAAGGCCCGACACAACUUACCUCUCCGUGAGAGAGCCAUUCUGAAACUGUCCGGAUUCAAUGUCAAAUGCGCAAAUCCUUUACAUGAGUUUCAAGAUUCCCUCCGCAAUCGCAUUGCCCUUGAACCGCCAAUUCACAGCGACGCAACUUGCGACAGGUGCGAAAAGCUACGCAACGAUCCAGACGACUACAAGUUAAUCUCAGGCCUUCGCUAUUGGUGUCUAGACUGUGAGACAACGCAGGCAGACGUUUGUUCGACUUGCGUAGUCGUUCCCGGUCAAGGAAUCGACCACGACCCCGCGCAUCGACUGGUGCAAGUGCAGCCUACCGCAUGCUCCGUAUGCGAAGAUGUCGAACGACUCGAGGUCAAGCCGGCUGACAUGCACCGUGGGCCUUACAAGGAGUUCUUAGUAAAGGGCGGUACAUUCAAGGAAGUCGCGGAGACUAGAAGCUGUGGAUUCUGUACUUUCCUGUGGAGAUUGCUGGCCCAGUCUCCCCCAGAGGGCCUCAAGUGGCCCCCUGACGAUGAUAAGGAAGUUCAAAUUCGGAUCAGGAAGCAGUGGCGGGAUUGGUUGAACAUCUCUGUUGUUUCUGAUCUCGCGACUGAAGAAGAGUUUGAGAUGCGCGGGGAAAAGUAUGUCAGGAGGGGACAGAAUGCCGCGGACAUGGAAAAGGAGAUGCUCGUGGGCCCUUCCGUAGCUUGGUCUCACGAGAUGCCUGUUAGCGAAAUCACUUCAGAGGAAGAAGAUAGAAGAACUUGGCAGGUUGGAGUCUGCAAAGUGUUACCGAGCUCAGGAUCCAGCGAAGCCCUUCAGCUUGCGAAAUCAUGGCUCGACAACUGCUGCAAGAGACAUUCUAAGUGUGCAGGAACCCCACCGCAUAUCCUACCGUCUCGUGUCUUAGUGUUGCAAGGUCAAGAUUUCUCGCGCGUUUAUCUGAAAGAGACAAUGGGCAUUGAAGGCAGUUACGCUGCGCUGAGCUACUGUUGGGGCCCAGGCCGACCAGGCCUCAUCACUAUCAAAGAUAACUACCGCGAUCAUCAGAACUUUGGCAUUCCAAUCAACGGCCUUCCAGAGACGAUUAGAGACGCAGUUCAUGCAGCAAGGACGUUGGGAUUGGACUAUCUGUGGGUCGAUCGGCUCUGUAUCGUUCAGGAUUCCGUAGAGGACUGGGCUCACGAAGCGGCUCUCAUGUGCGCGGUAUAUUCUGGAGCAACACUCACACUCAGCGCCGAUGGCAGCAAUUCAGCUACUCAGGGUCUCUUCCAGUCGAACCAAACUCUCUCUGCGCUCGACUACAAGACAUACUACGACCCUGGAGCCGACGAUCUGGUCUACAUCAAGCGCCCGAGCCACGCGUCCCUGUCUGGCCGGGCAUCAGACAUGACCCAGCCCAUUGAUCAACGCGGAUGGACAAUGCAGGAACGUCUAAUGAGCCCUCGAGUCCUGCACUUCACUAGCGAAGAAAUGGUUUGGGAAUGCAACACCCUCACUGAGUGCGAAUGCCGCCGCGAAUCCGCCAUGUCAACGCGAGAACUGGCACCCAGCGGCAUCACCACCCGAGAAGGGCUGUACGAGCACUGGCGACAUAUAGUACGCGAGUACGCCAAACGGUCUCUCGCGUACGAGACAGAUAAGAUGCCAGCUCUCCGAGGUCUCGUCGAGAAGUUCCAGCGCGUCAUGCAGGACCUUGUCGGCAAAGACACCGACAUCAAAGACGAGUACCUGGCCGGACUCUGGCGGAACGAUUUGGUGGAGGGGCUCGCAUGGAAGCCACCGACGCCGGGCGACUUGGAAGGGUUCCUGAAAGCCACGAACCACCGGCGAAUUCUGAACAUCGGCGUAGAUAGAGACGUGGACAGCGAAGCCUGGGAAAAGAUCCUCGCCCACCGUAACCGCCUCGAAGACUGGCACCAGUCCGGCGGGUAUGUCGCUCCCACAUGGAGCUGGGCGCACCUCCGCGGCCCCAUGUCCUAUCUCUACUGCCGCCCAUUGACGCCUUUCAUCCCCUACGUAAACGUCGUUGAAGCCAACGUCGUGCCCGUUAACGCCAACGAGCCGACGGGCCAGGUCUCGUCCGGAUUUGUUACGCUCGAGGGCCGGCUGGUUCAUGGCCUGCGGCUGAGCAUCACGCAGGGCAUCGAGGUUGUGGUGUUACUUUUGGGGACGAGGAAUUUCGUUCCGGAGAAGGGAGGUUAUGGAACGGUUGGUGGCUUGAGCAAUCCGGUGAAGAUGUCGUGGAAUAUGCCGGCCGAGAGGGGGAUUGCUGAGGCGAGUGAGGAAGAUACAGGUGUUGCGGCCGGCUCACCGGCAUGCGAGCUACCGGGCGAACUAGUGGAAGCCUUUGUGGAAGACACGGAAUACCCUCGCUUCACGACGUUCUUGGUCCUAAAGGAGUCGGAUCUGGAGAAGGGCAAGUAUGAGAGACUGGGUUGCUUUGAUGUCUGGGGUAGGAAUGAUGUUGGUGUUGCCAAAGCGCUCUUCAGCAGCUCAGUUAAUGAGACAGUUACGAUCAUCUAAGGCAAGCCCGAGAGGUAAAUUCAGUGUCGAAAGAAUGUCAAAACAAUAGACACGAAAUUGGCUCCAGCUACUUUGUCUCCCAGUGUCAUGGACUAAUCGUAACUGGACAGGGUCACAGACUGAAUGGGGCGACUGUAGCAGCAGCAUCGACACUCUGAGAGCAUCGAUUCAGAGCCGAACGUAAUCAAUCCACAGACAAAGACUUUUGUCGAAAUCCUGUGCCAC